ACUUAUGAUCCUUCCUUUGUUUUCUUUUUCUCUUCAUUAUAGCCGAUCAGAACUGUGGCUUAAAUAUCAACAAAAAUGGCUGCAACUGUGCAAUCAUGUCCCCAUCACUAGGCUCUUGUCAACUGGGUGAUGGUGCUGAUAAAUUUUAUAUAUUGAUGAAAAUAGUUUCAUUCCGUAUCUUAUGCCGUUUUAGUGGCACAUGAUUAGAUUCCCCAUUGACCAUUGUACAAGUUGUAGGAGGAAAAUGAUUAUUAUUAAUAAUUUUAUCCCAUGAAGCACCUAUCCAGAUUAUUAUUAGUUUAUGAAGCUUACCUGUUUGGUCACUGAGAAAAAAUCAACCGGAAAGACUUUUAAGAAACAAUGGUCCAUGGUUUCCACUUGUGGUGAUUUUGGAACACACAAGUCGUCAAGAAUGUCUGCCUCUUGUUUUCCCACAUACUCAGCAUUUCCAAUCCCAAGGGCCAUUAAUAAGAAAGCUGAACACCAAAAGGUAGCAUCAAGUUUGCAAGGAAAAAAAAUCAUCAUGAAUUUGUUAUAUAUGCUUCUUGUUUCAUUGUUUCUAAGUAGCUGCAGGGCUGAUCCUUUGGGGAACUUUUGCAAUGAAAACACCAACAUAAGUAGCAGUAGCCAAAUAUCUGUAAACAUUGAUCGAUUGUUGGCUGAACUGGUCUCUAAAACUCCCUUAACUGGUUAUAUUGUGAGUUCCUCAGGUAAAGACCCUGAUAAAGUCUACGGUCUUGCUCAAUGCAGAGGGGAUGUUAGUAAUAAAGAUUGUUCAAGUUGCAUACAAGACGCUGCGAAGCAAGUACGCCAACGCUGUUCGAAUCAAGCUGAUGCAAGGAUUUGGUACGACUAUUGCUUUCUACGGUACAGCAAUGAUAAUUUUGUUGGAAAAGUUGACACCUCGUUUGGUAUAUUUUACUAUAAUGUUGAAAAUGUUACGGACCCUCAAAGUUUCAACAAAGAACUUGGAGCUCUGAUGGACAGAAUUAGAUCAGAAGCUGUCAUGCCAAAGAAUGAAGGGCUUGGAAAAGGUAAGACCAAACUGUCACAAUUUUUGACCCUUUAUGCAUUAGUGCAAUGUACAAGGGACUUAUCUCAGAUAGAUUGUGCUCAAUGCCUUGCAAUUGCUGUUGGAAAUUUCCCAAACUUUUGUGACAGCAAGAAGGGCUGUCGGGUCCUAUACAGUAGUUGUUAUGUCCGGUACGAGCUUUAUCCCUUUUUCUUCCCACUUGAUUCUAACAAUGGCACCUCAUUUGGCAAAACAGUGAAGAUAAUUCAUCACUAGUGUUGUGCUAUGCUAAAAUGAGUUUGUUUCAAGGAUUAGUUUCUUUUCAUUUAAUAAACUGUGUAAUCAGUGUCAAUAAGAGUGAUCUUUAGCUGUAAGAUUAAGAUGUUUCUUGCAUUUUGCAUUUAGUAUAUCUGAUGUUUACACAACUUCUUUGUGUGGGAUACAA